ACACUUUGUGUUAUUGUAUGGAAAAAUGAUUCAUUUCAGUUUUUUAUUUUAUUUUCUCAGUAGAUCCUUUAUCAGUGACUUACACUGCUAAACAUAACUUGGAGCUGAUUGUUAGUGGACUUUACAUGCCUUGGAAGCAUUUUAAAUACUACUUUUGUUUUGUAGAAUUAUUUGAAAACGACUUCUAGGAAUAAAGCGAACAUCUGUCGCACAAAUUUUAUACACAUAUGAACAAAUAUAGAUGUUCGUUUUCUCAUUAACACGCAAAACAGGAAAGAUGUUCGUACACAAGAGAUCUUUUGGUACACAAACGAAGUUAUCAGAUCACUGCAACCAUAGCAACAAAUAGUACAUUCUCUUUCCAGUUUUUGAAGCUGCUCAUUAUUCUUCACCAUUGGAAUGCACAAGAUACAAGUGAUAGAUAAUAAUGUGUGUGUGUGUGUUUCAUUUUAACUACUUUCUGGCGCAAUAUAGGACGUAGUAACUGAUCAAGAUCUUCAAGCAGGCCGUUAAUAUUCCGGAAAUUCUGGUAAUAGUCCCGGAAACCCGCACGACUUAACAACAUUCCCGUCAUGGGUUAAAGCCUUAUAUUGCACGGACCGUCCCAUCGUAGCAAAGUCGUCACGUAAAAAAGAAUAAAAAAGAAGGUAACUACUAAUAUGAAGAAAUGUAGAAAAUGAAAUUUUGACCUAAGUGAAAUUCUUCUUCUACUUUUACUUUAGUCUGUUGGAAUUAAAGUUAUUUUAAAAUCUAUUCCGCUUUUUUGCCUCGAGCAACGAUUCUAGGCUUAUUGGAAGCAAUAUUUUUACCUUUUAUACAUAAUCGUAAUGAAGUAAUGAAAUGCAACCUCACCUCAACCACUUACUUCUAUUGGAAUUCUUACUUCUGUUGGAAUAAACCCGACAACAUAGCACUGGAGCCGGGAGAAAUAUGCCAAGCACAUAGCUCGAUACAAAAAAUUACACACUUUCAAUUUCAUCGCAAUCAGUGCGUAAAGGAAAACGAAAAGACAUUCGUGGGAAGGGGUUCAAAAACCAAAGGUACUGGGGCUGUACCCUACACCAUUACAUCUGUUUGCGCCCCUUUCCCCCAUUUUCCUUCCAGUUACAAUUAGCACCGUUUAGGUGGCACCGAUUUGCAUAGUGUGAACAUGCACACCACCCCCGAUCGCGAUGCUGCUAGUAGCUGGGAGUGCAUUCGGUGCAACACCAACCGUCCACCACCACUCACCGACCUGUUGAAGCGGAACGUUCUUCCCGGCUCGUUCAACCGCACGCGGCGUUCCCCAUUGUCAUGCGAUCGAUUCGCGAACAUGCGUGAUCAAAUCGAUUCGACACCAAAUCAAUUCGCGCCGCACGAUACUAGCUACAAGCUCUGGGCUCGGUUUGUGGAAGGAUACGGUUGAUCGGUUUCGAAACCCCAUGUCGUAUGGGUCUUAGGGAAGUGAGGAAGCAAGGGAAUUGACUGUGUCGGUAACCGAAAAUACCACGCGGGCGUCAAAUCGCUUCUGUCUGUGUCAAUGCUCUGUUACGCAGAGACAUGCGACUUUUUCCAAUAAGAUCGUUUUUUUCUAAUAGACAUUCUUCUACUAUUAGAAAUUAUUUAGUCAUAUAUUUAUUUUUCUGGUAUCCAAUUUGACUUUCUCAACCUUAGCGACCAUUCCCCAUUCCUUCGGGCAAGAAUGGUAUCAACAAUGUUCGACACACCUGCCCACCAAAUCUUGAAUAAUCCAUCGCGAAUAUCGCAACGGUUGGCAGCCAAAACCGCCUACUUUCUGGUGAAGUUUUUCACUGCACUUUUUGUCGCGCGGCCAGCUCUGUGUGCAUGCCAGAGAGUGAUCGAUUAUUCAACACCGGACAAUGACAACAGUCUGUGCUUUGGUACGAUUGGUUCGAGCUGGCUGAAAAUGGUAGGACAAUUUUCGACACCACGCUUAUAAAAUUCCCUAUCCCCGGCACUAUCCGGAGUCAGUUGGAAAAUGGCCUUCGAGCGUUGAAGGCAAUCGGCAGUGUAGCUAGGUAACGGUAGCUGGUGGAAUCUAAGGCAGUUUUCUAGGGGACAUUAAACCUGCCAGUGAAAACCAAUCGUUCGCGAUCUUGUAAUAAUGGCUUCUACCACAAGUGUACGGUCCUUUUCGGGACAGGAGUGGUUUGCGACAGUGUUUCUGCUAAUUGUGCUUAGCAGCAGUGGUGUGCAGUGCUUCGAACGUUUCUCUCCCAUCAAUGAGCUUCUGUUAUCCGAGUUUGAAUAUGACACCAAUAUCGAUCGCGAUCUGUUGCCACUCGACGAACGAUCGUACUUUUCUUACGAUGAGCCGCACGAGCCAACGUUUCACACCGACUACAAUCUGGCUAAUCUGAAGCCGAUUUCACCAACGCCAGGAUUUACGCUCGAUCCUUCCUACAUAUCCCCGGAAGAUAUCGUUCCGGCGCGUGCCAAACGGGCCAAUCUAAGGGAACGAAGGAAACCAUCGACGCACCGCAAACGCGAGCAGGAAAAGGAACUGCUCACCGAUGAGCACGAGGAAGAUCUGGAUGAAGAUGAUGCGGAUGAAAAGGCCAGCGAGUCGGAGGAGCGUACGGACGUGGACGAUUAUGCCGCACGGUACGAGCAGUUUAUUGCGAAACAUUUCGAAGAUUUGGAAAGCAAGCGGAAAAAGUCCGCUCCUCAGCGUAAAGCACCUAAGCCGACCGACAAAGAGGACGACGACGACGGCGAGGAGGAAGAAGAGCAGGACGGUGAUUACCGGUUUGAUCGGGGCGACUACUCCUCCUCGGAGGAUUACGAGCGAAUAAAGGCAGAGUCUGAGGAGCAAAGCCGGCGGUUGGCGAAGGACCCCAGGAACUGCCGCACGUACGAGAAGGACGGUAUGGUGUGUAGCGUGUGUCACGAUCCGGCCAGCGACAGUGCGUCGGAGAGCUGUGCGUACGCUACCGAGCCCCACCAUCGCAAGUAUGCGUACGUGAAGGAGCGAAACUACGACAGCAAGAAGGAUGCCGAUCCGAACCGUGCAAAGGCAGAAGUGGACGAGGAGGAGGAGGAGGACGGUGAUGAGGAGCCGGAGCACUCCGGUGCCGAAACACGCCCCGAGCGACAGACAGAUGGUGCGGGAGACGGGAUUGUAGGUUCCGCCGUACCCACCACACCCUCCAGACGGCGGCUCCCGGCGCAUCCACUGCGCAAGCCGACCCUGCGCUCGAAACCGCACCAUUCGGCGACCAACGGUGGCGGGUAUCGCUACCAGCCGACCGAUCUUCGCUCGAACCGGGCCAGCAUGAAGCUGAAGCUAGCAGAGGGCAGUGGGCCGGCUGCCGAUGAUGCCAACAUUUACGUGAUGAACUACGACAACGAGCCGGAGGAGGUGGCGAAGGUGCUGGCCGAGUUUAAGGCGCGCGACUGGUCCAACUGUCGCACGGAGUCCCGCCCGAUCGCGUCCGAACCGGUGCGACCACCGCCCUCGAUGACCGGGAAGCUGCAGCUGCAGCGGCAAGCACACAAGCGCAAGAAGGUUGUGGCACUGUCGCGCAAGGAGCUGGCGGCACUCGAACCAUCGGCAACCAGCGCAGCCGGUGGUGGGCCGGUAAAGGAGAAGCAAACGGUCAAGCGGACGGUUUCGUUCCGCAGCUUCAUCACUGGGUCGGGACGGGGAGCCCCGGGGUCAUCUUCUUCAGCGUAUGUGGCGCAUGCAGGAUCUGACGGUGACGAGCGCGUGAUUCACUACGAGCAUCACAUUUCUCACGAAGUUCCUUGAGGGACGAAGGUGCAAGGAGGACGGAUGGGUAUAGGGAGCCGGAAAUAGGGAGUUUCGCAAAUAGUGUUCAAUGCGCAAUUUAAGUGUUUCUUUUUAAGGCCGAAUAUUUGAAGAAUGUUCUAAAGGAAGAGGCCCGCACGCUGGGAGAUCCGUUUAAAAUAUCCCUUUUUGCUCGUCAAAUUACUCAAGGAUCGAUAACCAUGUAUUUUCUAUUGCAGAAGUAUUCUUUUGUGCUCCGAAUAAACAGGCCGUUCUAAUUAUGAUCAA